AUGGGCCAUGCAUUGUCGCUUCACAUUGUAUGGACGCCAUGGGCGCUUGGAUACACAAUCGCGACUGCGUCUUGGAAGCUGAACGGGCGGAGACAGUCCGAGGGUUCAUCUGCCUACAUUGCGAACGUGCUUUCCAAACAUGGUGACGACUUGGUUGUGUAUUUUGAGAUGGACACAACGUUCACCUCGUUCAAUUGGGUGCGAGUUGCCGACAACUUGCGGUUGCGAAGGUAUACGUGCAACAUCGGCAAAGGACACUCACCAGCGGUGCCAUACAGCAGGCCGAACAAAGUGGUUCUCUUCCAAUCUAUUCGCUUGAGCAUGAAUGGAAAGGCAGCUGUGGUGAUGGUAAUUGGAGUGAAUUUCGACACCCAUGAUGAGCACAAAGCAGAGCAGGUUGAUCAACUGUUCCGGGAGAUUCGCCGACAACAGGCCGUCGCUUCUCGAGACGGCCACGUAUUCCAAGCCAUUCUGUUAGGUGAUAUAAACGAUCGACUCGUUCUCAAAUCAGAUGCUCGCCUUGACGUCGAAAUCUCUCACAUGCGUCACUGGGUGCACUCGCAGAAGGUCGCAGCUCUGACCAACAGGAGCCAAGCUAUUCUUCGCCAUCUUCUCGUGACAAAUCACGGAAGGAGAGAGUUGCUGUCGUGGGAUGUGAAGUACUUUGACGGCCAGGCCGUCGGCGGUGUGACCGUUGACCAUCCGUCACGACAGUUUUGCGACAGCUUCUUCUUGCAGACAGACUGGUGGAGAGAGCAUCAGAUUGAGCCUUCGCCCGUGACAUAUAAGUAUACACCUUGGGACCAGCUAGUGUCGUCCGAUAUCGUAGAUGACAUUGCGCGUGCCAGCACAGAUGACAAGCUGAAUGCCAGCCACAAUGGGUGGGCUGUGAGCUUUGCAGAGCUUGAAAGGGCACUGAGGGCAAAGGGUCGAACAGUAAAGAGCCUUGAUCCGACCAGCAUGCCUUCGUUCUUCAUGAUGACGGAUCACAUUCCCAAGACGAAGUUGCAAGUAGAAGAUGCCCAGACCUACUUGAACUUGGACCUCCGAAGGGACCCUGUUUACUUGGCUUUCGGGUGGCUGGACUCCGUCGGUUUUCUCCGACCCAAAUCUGUGGGAGACUUCGGUUUCGACAUGCCUGUAUUCCUGGACUUCACGACGGAUUUUGGAGUUCGAGGAGAUGACCAUGCACUAACGCACGCACGGUUGCAGCUGACCGCUGGGGGCGAUGUGCGAGGCGCUGGAACAUGGAUUGAACUGACUUUGGCCAGGGAGCUUGUGGAAAACAUACACUUCUUGGGCGAGCUUAGGCUGAAGAUGGGUUUUAGUCGCCCUUUGCUCCUGCUGCUGCUGAUUUCAUUUCUGAUUUUCAGCACGACAUCUAAGUGGCCACUGUUCUGUGCCCGGCGAAGUCCUCAGGAAGGAACUGGAAGCGUUUUUGCGCAUUUGGGGUCCGCACUUUGGAUCAACUGGGCUUCCGCUCCUGGUUCGCUUGGCUGCAUGCCACGUUGGCGUUUCGGUGGGUCUGCUGGGAAAGGGGAAAACUUCAAAGCAGGCGGCACUGGCGGCGAAGGCCCCUACUCCAGCGCUAGUGGCCCUAGCGGCCCUGGCCACCCCGGCCCUCGAUGGGAGCCGGAGCCGCGGCAAGGCGAUACCGGUGCCAGAGUCUGGUAUUUCGGAUUUGGAGCCAACAUCAACCCGUGGAAGCUGCGAGAGCGACGAGGCAUCAUACCAUGGGCAGAGAUUCCGGGCAAAGUUGCCGGGUGGAGGCUUCUGUUCAAUCACAAGGGCGGCAUGGGAAAUGUGCAGCGUUUAGAUGAACUGCCGGCUGAUGAUGGCCCAGACGCAGUUCAUGGAAUUCUUCUUCAGCUCAGCACCAGGGAUUUUGCCAAGCUUUGUCAAAUCGAAUAUGAGUACCGCACAACUGAGCUAAACGUGGAGUGCUACGAUGGUAGAGUGAUUGCUGCGCAGGCCUUUGUGAGUCCAGCUGAGUGGAAGUUGCCGACGAGUGUUGCGCCACCAGAGCGAUACUUGAAGCUUAUUCGAGAAGGUUGCGAGGAGAUGGGUAUAGAUUUCUCAUACCAAAGGUGGCUACAGUCCAUUUCCAGCAACAAAGGGCAAAGAGGCCCCGAGUAUUGGGAUGCCCCGGCCAACAGGCAAAAGCGAGCCAAGAAAGGGUCAAGCCCGAGUGUUCGGGACGAUCCAGAGGGACCCCUCAAAGUAGCCGCAUUGGCACGCUUCGCCGUAGGUGCAGGCGAGGUAGGUAGCUUGGUGGACAUCGGGGCUAAUUUGGGCAAGUGCUCACCCCAAGACCUUGCUGCGCAGCUUCUGCGAGCCUCUGCCUCGCAAGUGAGCCACGUGAUCCUCACAGGAUGCAGUGUCAAGGGAUCCAGGGAUGCCAGCCGGCUUUGUCGGGAAUGGACUGGGCCGACAGGAUGGUCAAAGGCUCUGAAGCUUGUGGGCGCUGCCGCUCAGAGAGAGAUCCAGGAGACCGGGGUUAAGGUUCUUCCGAACCUGUUCUUCACAGCCGGUGUCCAUCCGCAUGAUGCGAAGAGCUGCAAUCCGGAGACCUUAGAUGCUUUGAGAUCAUUGGCGGCCGAGAGAGCUUGUGUUUCAAUCGGGGAGUGUGGCCUCGACUAUGACAGGAUGUUCUCUCCGCGAGAUGUGCAGCUGCACUGGUGCCGACAGCAAGUGGAACUUGCUGUGGAGUUGCACAUGCCUUUGUUCCUCCAUGAGCGAGACCGAGACCCGAGCAAGGGAAAGCCUUUGGGGUCGUCUGAUGAUCUUCAGCGCAUCCUCGCGGAGAGUGGUGUGUGUCCGAAGAGCGCCUGCGUUCAUUGCUUCACCGGAAAAGCAGAAGAUCUGAAAGCUUACGUCUCCAGAGGCUAUUUCAUCGGCCUCACUGGUUUCGCUGCCAUGAAGGGGCGUGGAGCGCACAUUCGACAGCUCCUUCAAGAUGGCGAAAUUCCACUCGAGCAACUGAUGAUAGAGACGGAUUGCCCUUUCAUGUUGCCGGACAGAGAAUAUCUUCCCGACGCGCUGGGCGUUCGUGGCCGCACAAACGAACCAUGCUGCAUGCCGGCGAUUUGCCGAGCAGUUGCUGAGUGCCUCGAGGUGCCAGCAGAAGACGUCGCCAAAGUCACAACGGCCAACGCUCGACGGUUCUUCAGCUUAUAG